ACAAACAGAACGACAUGGACAUGCCGUCUGUGACGCCCAAGGAGAAGGCUGGUCGGGAGAGGAAGAAGCAGCAGCAGCUGAUGACUCUGAUCAGCGGGGUGAAGAAGGUCUCUCAUGGACCCUCCCUCUCCAACUCCUCCAUCUCACGCUUCGGGGUCAAGACGGACAAGGAGGACAUGCUCUCCAAGGAACUGGAGGAUCUGAAUAAGUGGGGUCUGAACAUCUUUACUGUGUCAGAGUACUCCGAACAUAGACCUCUCACCUGUAUCAUGUACGCCAUCUUCCAGGUAGGUUAUAACUGGCUAUACACUCCUACACACACAUACACACAUGCGCGCCUGCAUGCACAUAUAUGCAUGCAAUGCAGACACACACACACACAAACAAACACACACAAUAUGGUAUAGCUGUACAUUGUGUACCUAUAACAGUACUAACUCAUAUCCUUGUGUCCCCUGUAGGAGAGAGACCUGCUGAAAACGUUUAAGAUCCCGACAGAUACGUUUGUGGCGUAUAUGAUGACCCUGGAGGACCACUACCAUGGAGACGUGGCCUACCACAACAGCCUCCAUCGCUGCAGACGUGGCCCAGUCCACACACAUCCUGCUCUCCACACCAGCCCUCGACGUAAGUUACCUAACCCCUAACCCCACACCAGCCCUCGACGUAAGUUACCUAACCUCUAACCCCCACACUAGCCAUCGAUGUAAGUUACCUAACCCCUAACCCCCACACCAGCCCUCGACGUAAGUUACCUAACCCUAACCCCACACCAGCCCUCGACGUAAGUUACCUAACCCCUAACCCCCACACCAGCCCUCAACGUAAGUUACCUAACCCCUAACCCCACACCAGCCCUCGACGUAAGUUACCUAACCUCUAACCCCCACACUAGCCAUCGAUGUAAGUUACCUAACCCCUAACCCCCACACCAGCCCUCAACGUAAGUUACCUAACCCCUAACCCCCACACCAGCCCUCAACGUAAGUUACCCAAACCCCUUUAAACCCCCCACCAGCCCUCGACUAAGUUACCUAACCCCUAACCCCAAAACCAAACCCUCCGUAAGUUUACCAACCCUAACCCCACACCAGCCCUAACGAGUUAAACCCCUAAACCCCCCCCCAGCCCUCAACGUAAGUUACCUAACCCCUAAACCCACACACCAGCCCUCGACGUAAGUUACCAACCCCUAACCCCCACACCAGCCCUCGACGUAAGUUACCUAACCCCUAACCCCCACACCAGCCCUGACGUAAGUUACCAACCCUAACCCCCAACACACAGCCCUCGACGUAAGUUACCUAACCCCUAACCCCCACACUAGCCAUCGAUGUAAGUUACCUAACCCCUAACCCUAGCCCCAGUCCACACACAUCCUACUCGUUACACCAGCCCUCGACGUAAGUGGCUGACACUAGACUUUCUUCACACAUCCCUCAAACUCAGAGCCCCACACCCUGCCAUUACCUCACCCUUAUCCCACACCCAUCUGAGCUCAUAGAACUCCACCUUAGUGCACUGUCCUUACUCUCACCCCAACCUUUAGACAUAAACCAAAACUUAUCCUCCAUUCUUCCCUCUCUCCUUGCCCCACUCCCUCCCUCACUCCCUCCCUCCCUCCAUUCUGUUUGUUCUCACAGCUCCAUUCUCUCUUUGGUUCUAUGGGGGAAAAAAAGUAUUUAGUCAGCCACCAAUUGCGCAAGUUCUCCCACUUAAAAAGAUGAGAGAGGCCUGUAAUUUGCAUCAUAGGUACACGUCAACUAUGACAGACAAAUUGAGAUUUUUUUUCUCCAGAAAAUCACAUUGUAGGAUUUUUAAUGAAUUUAUUUGCAAAUUAUGGUGGAAAAUAAGUAUUUGGUCACCUACAAACAAGCAAGAUUUCUGGCUCUCACAGACCUGUAACUUCUUCUUUAAGAGGCUCCUCUGUCCUCCACUCGUUACCUGUAUUAAUGGCACCUGUUUGAACUUGUUAUCAGUAUAAAAGACACCUGUCCACAACCUCAAACAGUCACACUCCAAACUCCACUAUGGCCAAGACCAAAGAGCUGUCAAAGGACACCAGAAACAAAAUUGUAGACCUGCACCAGGCUGGGAAGACUGAAUCUGCAAUAGGUAAGCAGCUUGGUUUGAAGAAAUCAACUGUGGGAGCAAUUAUUAGGAAAUGGAAGACAUACAAGACCACUGAUAAUCUCACUCGAUCUGGGGCUCCACGCAAGAUCUCACCCCGUGGGGUCAAAAUGAUCACAAGAACGGUGAGCAAAAAUCCCAGAACCACACGGGGGGACCUAGUGAAUGACCUGCAGAGAGCUGGGACCAAAGUAACAAAGCCUACCAUCAGUAACACACUACGCCGCCAGGGACUCAAAUCCUGCAGUGCAGACGUGUCCCCCUGCUUAAGCCAGUACAUGUCCAGGCCCGUCUGAAGUUUGCUAGAGUGCAUUUGGAUGAUCCAGAAGAGGAUUGGGAGAAUGUCAUAUGGUCAGAUGAAACCAAAAUAUAACUUUUUGGUAAAAACUCAACUCGUCGUGUUUGGAGGACAAAGAAUGCUGAGUUGCAUCCAAAGAACACCAUACCUACUGUGAAGCAUGGGGGUGGAAACAUCAUGCUUUGGGGCUGUUUUUCUGCAAAGGGACCAGGACGACUGAUCCGUGUAAAGGAAAGAAUGAAUGGGGCCAUGUAUCGUGAGAUUUUGAGUGAAAACCUCCUUCCAUCAGCAAGGGCAUUGAAGAUGAAACGUGGCUGGGUCUUUCAGCAUGACAAUGAUCCCAAACACACCGCCCGGGCAACGAAGGAGUGGCUUCGUAAGAAGCAUUUCAAGGUCCUGGAGUGGCCUAGCCAGUCUCCAGAUCUCAACCCCAUAGAAAAUCUUUGGAGGGAGUUGAAAGUCCGUGUUGCCCAGCGACAUCACUGCUCUAGAGGAGAUCUGCAUGGAGGAAUGGGCCAAAAUACCAGCAACAGUGUGUGAAAACCUUGUGAAGACUUAGAGAAAAACGUUUGACCUGUGUCAUUGCCAACAAAGGGUUUAUAAACAAAGUAUUGAGAAAACUUUGUUAUUGACCAAAUACUUAUUUUCCACCAUAAUUUGCAAAUAAAUUCAUAAAAAAAUCCUACAAUGUGAUUUUUCGGAUUUCUUAUGAUGAAAAUUACAGGCCUCUCUCAUCUUUUUAAGUGGGAGAACUUGCACAAUUGGUGGCUGACUAAAUACUUUUUUCCCCCACUGUAUACAGUGGAACCUCAUCCAUGACGCAGUGUAACAGCAUGACCUAGCCUCAGCACGUACCACACCCCCGACAUCAUCAACCUCACUCCAGCGUCCACGCACCUCAUGGCUCCACACCCCACCCAUCCACCGCCCUCAGCCCCCAGCCCCCCACCAUCCACCUCCACCCCAUACGACCUCCAGCCACACCCAGCACAUCCCCCAGUCCCCCCAGCCCUCCAGCCCCCCAGCCCCAUCCCUGCCAACCCCCCAUCCCGCCAGUACCCCAGCCCCCAGCCCCCAGUCCCCAUCCCCCAUCCCCCAUCCCUCCAGCCCACCCCCACCCCACCGCAUCCCUCCAGACCCAGCCGCAAGCCAACCCCAUCCACCAAUCCCUCCAGCCGCCAUCCACCACAACCUCCCCAAUCCCCCAUCCACAUGCCCAUCCAAACCAUCCUCCAUCCCCAGCCAUCCCUCAAUCCCCCAUCCCCCACCUCAUCGCAUCCCCAUGCAACAAAUCCCUCAUCCCAGACACCCCAAAAAUCCCUCCAUCCCUCCAUCCCCAGCAACCAAGCCCCAACACACCCACCCAGCCACCGACCGCACACUCCAUGCCCCCCCAGAAGAUCCGCCAUCCCUCCACCAUCAUCCAUCCACCCUCCAUCCCCCAUCCCCCCAUCACUCCAUCCCCCCAUCCCUCCAUCCCCUCCAUCACUCCAUCCACCCAUCCCUCCAUCCCUCCAUCCCUCCAUCCCUCCAUCCAUCAUGUUUAUAGCCCUGCUCUUACAGCCAGCGGUCCCAGUGUCAAACCGCUAUGUAUGGGUGCCUAUAGAGAGACAGAGAGUAGGUUAGCAUAAGAUAGUCAUUUUGCUAAUGUAAGCCAGCACUCAUCUGGCUCUGACUAGUGUUUACAUUAUGUUGGCUGUUAGCGAAAACCGAGACAUGGGAAUCAAUGGGAGUGGGCUGCACUGGGAUUAGCUGUUCCGUGUGGCUGUUCUGUUCUUUGACUGUUUCUCUUGAGAAAUUCUUAACCCUGGACCCUCUCUCUCUCACACAGGCGGUCUUCAGCGAUCUAGAGAUCCUGGCGGCCAUCUUUGCUGCAGCAAUCCAUGAUGUGGACCACCCGGGGGUGUCCAACCAGUUCCUCAUCAAUACCAGUGAGUCUUUCUCUUACACCUGUUACUGUUAUGGGAAUAAUGUAUAGAAUAGAUAUAUUAUCUAUAUUAUCUAUAGCUACUGUAUAGAGAUCCAUAUUCAUCAACUGUGUUGAACAAGUGACUGAUUCAUUGUCUGUUGUCUCCCUCAGACUCUGAGCUGGCCCUGAUGUACAACGAUGAGUCUGUUUUAGAGAACCACCACCUGGCUGUGGGCUUCAAGCUGCUGCAGGAGGACAACUGUGACAUCUUCCAGAGCCUGACCAAGAAGCAGAGGCAGAGCCUAAGGAAGAUGGUCAUCGAAAUGGUCCUGGCCACUGACAUGUCCAAACAUAUGAGUCUGUUAGCUGACCUGAAGACCAUGGUGGAGACCAAAAAGGUGACCAGCUCUGGGGUCCUGCUUCUGGACAACUACACCGACAGAAUACAGGUGGGUUCAUCAUCAUCCCUCUCUCUCUCUCUCUCCCUCUCUUCAUUUUAAUAGAUGUAACUGGUGUCUAGACUUACAGAGACAUCGUUUAGAUUGCCUCCCAUUGCUAUGACCUCUGCUCCUUCACUCCAUCUUCCUCUGCCUCCUCCGGCUCUCCUUCUUCAACCCUGUUCAUUGAUUCUCUAUCCAUCUUUCUUCAUCUCUCUUUCUCUCCUAUCACUCCAUAUCUCUCUCGCCUUCUACUUCUCCCUCUCUAAUGGUUAUUCUCUCCCUCCCUCUCUCCAUCAGGUGCUGAGGAACAUGGUUCACUGUGCUGACCUGAGUAACCCUACCAAGUCUCUGGAGCUGUACCGUCAGUGGACUGACCGCAUCAUGGAUGAGUUCUUCCACCAGGGAGACAGGGAGAGGGAGAGAGGCAUGGAGAUCAGCCCUAUGUGUGACAAACACACCGCCUCAGUAGAAAAAAGCCAGGUAUGAUACUGGACAUACAGAGACACACAUAUACACACACACACAUAUGCAUAGCAUGCAAGCAUACACACACACACACACUCCGACUCCUGUCUCACCACUGUUCCCUUUCCCUCCCUCUCUCCAGGUGGGUUUCAUAGACUACAUCGUCCACCCUCUGUGGGAGACGUGGGCUGACCUGGUGCACCCUGACGCUCAGGAUAUCCUGGACACUCUGGAGGACAACAGGAACUGGUACCAGAGCAUGAUCCCCCAGAGCCCCUCUCCUCCCUGGGCCACUGAGCAGCGUGAGCAGGGUGGAGGCGAAGGGGGCCAGGGGGGAGACAAGUUCCAGUUUGAACUCACCCUGGAGGAGGAGGACUCUGAGGGUACAGAGAAGGAUGAACAGAGCCAGGGGGAUGAGGAGGAGGAGGAAGAGGAUAGUCUGGGGGAGGCGUCUCGGUCUCCGGUUGACUACUUUGACUGUCAGGACCCAGAGGAAUCUAUGGAGCCCACAUCGUCCAUAGCGAUAAUUACCCACAAUGCGUCACCCACAGACACUUAAUGGGCUCUGCUGCACCGCAAUGGUGGUUGGUUUCAUGUUUUAAACAGGAGAAAUCCUGCAGCUGUGCUUUUUAACAAGCCCACGGGGGGCUUAGUUUGAGCCCGGACAGGGCGUCAGUUUCAAUCCCCCCUAUCCUUGCACUUGCGUUGGGAGCCGGCAACAGAGGGACAGUUUCAGUGGGGCGGCUACGGAGUUCUCAGGAAAAAUGCUGCAAACAUUUUGGGCCUGACGGACAGACAGGACUCUGAGGAAAUGAAAUGAAGGACUUGGGCCAAUCUGGGAAAUGGUUCUUUAUCCAUCCCGACUGGCAUAUGAAAUGUUGACACUACUACUGAGAGAAGUUUUGUACCUUGUGACUUUUUUACUGAAAUGGGAUGUCAUGAAGUAGCAUAUGAACUACUGAUUGAUGGACAUGAGUUUGUAUAGAGAGAAAAAAGCUGUUUACUUUUUUCCUGAACCAUUUGUCAAAAUACUUUUGUGUGCCUUUUUUACUAUUGUCUUUUUAAUCGUUUUUAUUUAUUUAUUGAACACACUUUAGUAUGGACGUGUUUUUUGUGUGUUUUUUUUUGUUAUCCGAAAGCUCAAGCGCAAAAUCCUUUUAUAUCUCAGACAAAGAUAACAGUCUUCCUACUAGUAUUGGGCAAUAGAAGAAAUCCAAACUAACUUAGACAAACAAUUCCUGGACAUACUCAUCAAAUACUAAAAACAUGUUUUCCCAUAAUAAGAAAUGCACAUUCUGUCAUCUUAAUCCAUGCACAAAAUCUAUGUUUCUAUAUGGAAAUUAAAUGUACACAAUGUACACAUUCAUGUUACAUGUCUAGAUUGUCAGAACUCACUGUAGACAAAUAGAUGCUCACUCUAACUCCAAAAAACAGUUAUACAACCUUAGUCCAUUUCUGACAUCUAACCUGCUUCCUCACAUUCUCCUUGAAUUAUCCCCCCUCCACUACCCUCAUGGAUCAAAUCCUGAUAUCGUUCAGACUCCAAACAAAUGUCAACAGAAUAGACAGAAAUAGCACUUGGUAGCCAAAGCAAAGUUUCUCAUCACAUGGAGUUGGAAGGCUAUUUCCAGCUCCCUUUCGAGGUAUCCUGCUGUUGUCUAUUAGACCAAAGAUUCCAGAACCUAACUGCUUCUGAUGAUGUAACAAUCUAACUAAGGAAGGACCCCCUGUCCAUGUAGAAUAAGGACCAGUACACAUGAUGAAAGGUGGCCUGGCGGCUGCAUGUCUAGAAGUCCAGUCACACCUUGGUCAGCUGUAUUAUAAUUAUCCACAUGGUUUAUACAGUUCAGCUAUUUCUUCAUCCACCUAAUAAAACAGAAUGAAGUGCUACUUCUGCCCAUUGAAGUCAGUCUUCCCUUCCCACUAACUGUAUCACAUUUCCUGGCCGGGCCGGGGAGUUAAUCAGGAUUUGGUCCGUUAGAUGUAAUCCUCAGAAUAGAUUCGGCACGUACAAACUGUUGAGUGUCUGCUGCAAAAACCAAACCAGAGGAGAAAAAGACUUAUUCCUGAGAACAAGAAGAUGAUAACCUACAUUAGUAGGCUAUCUAGAGAUUAUGUGAAAGAGAUACCAAACCAAAAGGCCCCCGGACAGUGUAGUUCACUGUCACUGUGGGUCAGCAUUAAGACCGUCAACCCCAGGCAGUCUGCAAGGCAGAUUGUCCCUUACAGGCCUCCA